AUGGAUAUAACAUUGACACUGACAAAUGUAUUAUACGUUGUCACAGCUGGCUUGGUGCUGUUAUUGCUGUGGAAGAGUCAAAGAAAGCAGAGCAGCAUUGGGCAGCUGCCUCCAGGACCAACUCCAUAUCCACUGCUGGGAAAUAUACUUCAAAUUGAUGUCAAGGAGCCAUACAAGUAUUACCUAAAGCUGAGUAAGAAGUAUGGCUCUGUAUUCACCAUCUGGUUGGCAAACAGUCCUGUGGUGAUCAUUUCUGGAUAUCAAGCCCUAAAGGAUACUAUGAUUGGUCUUGGUGAAGAAUUCAGCGGCAGGGCCACCUAUCCCCUGUUGAUGAAGAUCACACUUGGAUAUGGGGUUCUGUCCACCAGUGGACACCAUUGGAAGGAGAUGCGCAGGUUCACUCUUAUGACGCUGAAGUACUUUGGAAUGGUCCGCAGGAGCAUUGAGGAACGGGUCAGGGAGGAGGCUGAGAAACUUGUGGAAAUGUUUAAAAAAUGUAAAGGCUCUGCUUUCAGCCCUGCAGAUAUGCUGUCUAAUACCAUGGCCAAUGUGAUCUGCAGCAUUGUCUUUGGGCAAAGGUUUGAAUUUGAGGAUCCACAGUUUAAGUUUCUCCUUCAGACAGUAAAUUCUGUCUUCACUGUCCUCAAUAGCCCUAUUGGACAGAUCUAUAAUGUAUUUUCUAAGCUAGUCAGCCUCUUUCCUGGUAAACACCACCUGCUGUUUAGAGACGUAGACAAGGCCAGAGAGUACUGUAAACGUCAGGCCAAGGCACGGAUAAAUAAUGUGGACCCCUCGUGCCCACAGGACUUAAUUGAUGCCUUUGUGCUAAAAAUUCAAGAGGAGAAAUACAAUCCUGACACAGAAUAUCAUUUUGACAACUUGAUUUCUCUGGUAUGGAACUUGUUCAGUGCCGGCACAGAAACCACUUCAUCCACCGUCAGACACGCUUUGCUUCUGAUGAUGAAGCACCCAGACGUUCAAGAGCGUGUUCAGAAGGAAAUCGAUGAGGUGGUAGGACAAGACCGUUGGUCCUCAGUAGAGGACAGACAAAACCUGCCGUAUACAGAUGCGGUAAUCCACGAGAUUCAGCGCAAUAUGGAUCUCGCCCCCAUCGCUGUCCCGCACAAGAUGAUGUGUGACACUGAAUACAAUGGUUAUGUCAUUCCUAAGGGGGUCAUGGUUUUCCCACUGCUAUCCUCUAUGCUUAUAGACCCGAAAAUGUGGAAGAACCCAGAUUGCUUUGAUCCAGAGAACUUCUUGGAUGCAGAUGGUCGAUUUCAGAAAAACGAUGCAUUUGUUGUAUUUGGCAUGGGCAAGCGUGCGUGUCUUGGUGAGGCUCUGGCUCGUAUAGAGCUCUUUAUCUUCUUCACGUACCUCCUUCAGCACUUCACCUUCAAAGCCACUGUGCCACUAGAGGAACUCGACACAGCACCAACAAAGUGCAGUUUUGGCCGCAUGCCCCGCACAUACGACUGCUAUGCCAUUCCUGUGGACUUUGAACAGAUAAUCCUCAUGCAAUCAAAAUAUAAAUGACUUUGUGGUAAAGUAGG